AUGGCAGAGCUAGCCGAAGCGGGCUUGGAUGGAGGCUUUGGAGCGCAGUUCCGAUCUACAGCUAAUUUGCAGCCGGUGACUUUGGCAUCAGAGCUUGCACUCAGCAUCAACAUAUCAAUAUAUCACCCGUCGCAGGUUGUCAAUCCUGGUGCCAGUCAGUUAGCCGUGAUGCUCCGCCCAUACGCACUUAAAUGCAUGAUCACAAUCCACAGAUCCUCUUGUUAA